UUUUUUUUCAAAUCAAAAAAUACAAUCAUUCAACAAGAACGUUUUCAUUUGAGAGGUUUCGUUCAAACUGAUCUCAACCAACUGCUUUAGGCCGUAUCUUUUGACCAAGACGAUGGAGCGUCUUCUUCGUCUUGGUGGAGGUGGUGCGCAGGCUGGAGGUGAUGGUAAUGUUGCCGACACAGCGGAACAAGUUUACAUUUCAUCUAUGGCUCUGCUAAAGAUGUUGAAACAUGGCAGAGCUGGUGUCCCCAUGGAAGUGAUGGGACUGAUGCUUGGCGAAUUUGUAGACGACUACACGGUUCGAGUAAUUGAUGUGUUUGCCAUGCCUCAAAGUGGAACGGGAGUGAGCGUUGAGGCUGUUGAUCCCGUCUUUCAGAUGGAUAUGAUGGAGAAUCUGAAGCAAGUUGGUCGACCAGAAACCGUAGUGGGAUGGUAUCAUUCUCAUCCUGGUUUCGGAUGCUGGCUCUCUGGAGUGGAUAUAAACACACAGCAAAGCUUUGAGUCACUUCAGCAGCGGUCAGUCGCCGUUGUUGUCGACCCGAUUCAGUCUGUGAAAGGGAAAGUUGUGAUUGAUGCCUUCCGACUCAUUCAAAACAACACUCUCAUGCUGAGCCAAGAGCCACGCCAGACCACGUCCAACAUAGGAGACCUGAAGAAGCCAUCCGUACAGGCCCUCAUUCACGGCCUCGACCGCCACUACUAUAGCAUGCCCAUCAACUACCGUAAGAACGAGCUGGAACAGAAGAUGUUAUUAAAUUUGCACAAGAAAUCAUGGAUGGAGGGUAUGAAGUUGGCAGAUCACUCCGAGCAUAGCGUCCAGAAUCAGAAAACUGUUGAGCAGAUGCUUGAAUUGGCCAAAGCUUAUGUCAAGUCAGUUGAGGAGGAGGAUAAGAUGACUCCGGAACAACUCGCCAUUAAGAACGUUGGAAAGCAGGAUCCAAAGCGGCACAUCGAAGAACAAGUCGACGUCUUGAUGACAUCAAAUAUCUCUCAGUGUCUUGGCGCCAUGAUUGAUACCGUAGUCUUCUAAGGACACCGAAGAUUGCUGCUGAUGCACGUGCGCGCGUGGGGUGUGGUAGUAGUGUCGAUGGUGGUGUGUGCAUGUGUGUGUGUGUGUGUGUGUGUGAGAGACAGAGAGAGAGAGAGAGAGAGCUUUGUACAUAAUAAAAGCUGUGAAUUUUUAUACGCCGUCACCCUGGUUUUUUACUUACUCUACGGACCACUGGAUCUGUAUGAUUUGUUUGCUCUGCUGGAUGUAUCUUUGGAUACACAAUAGCCGUGCUGUAUAAAAUAAUUGAGUUUUCCGCGCUCUGUAUUAAAAGAUUAUGAUCUUUGAA